AUGGCGUCCCUUCCCCGAAUCCAGCGAUUGCUCCUAGAGCGCAUUGAUCGAGCGCAAUCGUCAAUCCGACCGUCCAACGCUCGAGCUCUCUCCACCACACCUUCGAGACGUGCCACUCCUCCCUCAAAGCCUCCAGCAGCUCCCCGUCGCGCUGAAACUGCCUCGCGCAGCCGCGAAGCCCAAAGCAAGCCACCACGAACAGGGCGGCCUUCACUACCGAGCCCAACUAUCCGUGUGACUCCUUCUGCCCCCAAGAUCUCCCGACCAGCUCCGAGCCCCGUCAGCCCCUCAAGUCCCGUUGCUCCUGGCCCGACCCAAGAGGCGAUACGCGCUGCCGAGUCGCGAGAGGCAGCGCUACGGACCGCGCGGCUGCGGCGUGCCGGACAACGCCAGGAGGAGGCCAUGGAGGAGGCCAAGAAGCAGCUGGCCAAGAAGGAUUACCAGAAGCGGUAUAACAGCGCCGCCCGGAAAUGGGUGUCUUCAAUUAUAGCGCUGCCCAUCUUGCUUGUGACGAGUUACUACCUCUUUUAUCGACUGGCAUUGGGACAUGCGCCAAAGACGCUGCCCAAAGCGAGAGACGAGGAUGAGGAAUAG